UCCGGUUCCCAUUGUCUGUCUGUAUUUGCUGUGAAUGUUUGUGGGGUUAUAUUUUUUUUUGGCAAUGAUUUGAAGAAGCUGAGGCUCUUUAUGACUGCCUCAUCCAAUAAUUGAAAUGGCUACAGUCCGAAUCUGCGUAUGUGGCGAUGAGGGCACUGGAAAGUCGAGCCUCAUCACCUCGCUUGUGAAGGGUGUUUUUGUCACGAACAAGAUUCAACCUAUCCUUCCACAAAUUACCAUUCCUCCUACGAUCGGAACCCCCGAGAAUGUCACGACGACGACAGUGGUCGACACUUCCGCUCUCCCGCAGGAACGGACCAAUCUGGCCAGAGAGAUCCGAAAGUCGAAUGUAAUUCUGCUGGUAUAUUCUGAUCACUAUAGCUAUGAGAGGGUGGCGCUUUUCUGGCUGCCAUAUUUCCGGUCCCUGGGUGUCAACGUCCCCGUCGUGCUCUGUGCCAACAAGUCCGAUCUCGCGGCAGACCAUACUGAAACGCAGGUCAUUGAGGAAGAGAUGUUACCAUUGAUGUCGGAGUUCAAGGAGAUUGAUUCGUGUAUUCGCGCGAGCGCUCGCGAGCAUCGCAAUGUCAACGAAGCAUUUUUCCUCUGCCAAAAAGCGGUUACCCAUCCCAUCGCCCCGUUGUUCGAUGCCAAGGAGUCCUCCUUGAAGCCGGCAGCGGUCGCAGCAUUGCAGCGCAUUUUCUACCUCAGCGACAAGGAUCGUGAUGGCUACCUCUCGGACAAGGAGAUCAAGGAGUUCCAGAUGAGAUGCUUUGAGAAACCCUUGAGCGAAGAGGACCUGGUUCAUAUCAAAGAGACGAUUCUGAAGACGUACCCGAAUUCCGUGACGCCGUCAGGCAUUGACUGCCGUGGGUUCAUCCAUCUGAAUAAAAUGUAUGCUGAGAAAGGACGUCAUGAAACGGUUUGGAUUAUCCUUCGCGCAUUUCAAUAUACGGACAGCCUUUCGCUACAGGAAAGCUAUCUCCACCCGAGGUUCGAGGUCCCACCUUUCGCAUCGGCCGAACUGUCUCCUGAGGGCUAUCGGUUCUUUGUCAAUCUUUUCCUCCUCUCCGACAAGGAUAACGACGGCGGGUUGAACGAUACUGAAUUGGCAUCUCUAUUUGCUCCUACUCCGGGGUUGCCGGCAUCCUGGGCGGACGGGUCGUUCCCGUCAUCAACCGUCCGAAACGAGGCUGGUCACGUUACCCUUCAGGGCUGGCUAGCACAAUGGAGUAUGACCACAUUUACGUCCCCCAAAACGACCCUAGAAUAUCUGGCAUAUUUAGGAUUUGAGUCGUCAGACCGCAGCAAUCCCUCUACAACGGCUGCACUCAAAGUCACUCGCCCCCGAAAGCGUAGAAAGCGCCCUGGGCGGGUGGGUCGCAACGUGGUCCUGGCUCACGUUCUGGGGUCUCCUGGUUCGGGCAAGUCGGCUCUGCUUAACGCUUUCUUGUCUCGCGGGUUCAGUACAACGUACCACCCUACCAUCCAACCCCGAACUGCAGUGAAUACCGUCGAACUGCCAGGGGGUAAGCAGUGCUACCUCAUCAUGGACGAGCUCGGAGAGUUGGAACCUGCGAUUCUAGAAAACCAAGUGAAACUCUUAGACCAGUGCGAUGUGAUUGUAUAUACGUACGAUUCAUCCGACCCCGACUCCUUUGCAUAUAUUCCCACACUCCGAGCCAAGUACCCACACCUGGAAGAGCUCCCGAGUGUUUUUAUUGCACUGAAGGCCGACUUGGAUCGGACUACUCAACGGGCGGAAUACCAGCCCCAUGAAUACACCGCCAUGCUCAAUAUGUCCGGACCUCCCCUUCACGUGAGCGUUACCUGGAAUUCGAUCCAGGAGGUGUUUGUUCACAUUGCAGAAGCAGCUAUGGAACCUAGCAUCGCAUUUCCCCGGAGUGAAGAGGACGUCGAAGGCAAAUGGAUGUCAUGGGGAAUCGCACUGGGAGCGGUGGUCUGCGCGGGAGCUGCUGCGGUGAUGAUCUGGCGGAGAGUUAGUGGCAGUGGUAGUGGUAGUGGUAGUGGGGUUUGACGAAACGAUACCCAAGACGCUUAUAUCUGGAUUUUUUUUACUAUCCAUCAAUCCGUAGAGGUAGUGUAGAGUAACUUAAUUAGGUACAACUAUACUCCUUAUUGUGCCUUUAAUAUAGCCAAUGUUCU